CUGGGGAGGGAGGUCUGGCUGGUAGGCGGAGGCAAGGAAGGAGGGCGACGAGACGAGAGAAGGAGGCGGCGGCGGCGGCGUCUCCUCCUCGGCUCCCUCCCCGGGAAGAAGAUCUCGCGGUGCUGGGCGCGCUCAGCCUCCGACGCCGCCUCCUCCGCCUCCUCGUCUUUCUGCGGGGAGCGGUGACUGUGCGCAGUGAAGCGGGCGGGAGCGCACAGCUGGGCGGAGAGGCACGCCGGCACCAGCUCCGCCAGGAGGAGGAGGUGGAGACGGAGGCCGAAGUAGUGAGAGCGAGGGAGUAAGAGAGGAGCAGCAACUCCUGCAGGAGACGACCGUCCCAGCCCGCGCAGCCCUCGCAGCCUCGCCCAGUCCGAUGUCCCUGCGGCGGCGGCGCUGAGCGUGCCUGCCCGCCGAGCCUGCAACGCCUUCCGCAGCGCGAACAUGGCCUCCCCGGCAACGUGCACCCGCUUCACCGAUGAAUACCAGCUGUACGAGGAGCUCGGCAAGGGAGCUUUUUCAGUGGUCCGGAGAUGUGUGAAAAAAACAUCAUCCCAGGAGUACGCUGCGAAGAUAAUCAAUACCAAGAAGCUGUCGGCCAGAGAUCACCAGAAACUGGAACGUGAGGCUCGAAUCUGCCGAUUAUUAAAACACCCAAAUAUCGUGCGGCUCCAUGAGAGCAUUUCGGAAGAAGGCUUCCACUACCUCGUCUUUGAUCUGGUCACUGGUGGAGAGCUUUUUGAAGACAUUGUUGCUAGGGAAUAUUACAGUGAAGCGGAUGCCAGCCACUGCAUUCACCAGAUUUUGGAGAGUGUCAAUCAUAUCCAUCAGCAUGAUAUUGUACACAGGGACUUGAAGCCUGAGAACUUGCUCCUUGCGAGUAAGUGCAAGGGUGCAGCUGUCAAGCUGGCUGACUUCGGACUUGCGAUUGAAGUUCAGGGGGAGCAACAGGCAUGGUUUGGGUUUGCUGGUACUCCAGGCUACCUGUCCCCCGAGGUCUUAAGAAAAGAUCCUUAUGGAAAACCCGUGGAUAUAUGGGCAUGUGGUGUCAUUCUGUACAUAUUGCUAGUGGGGUACCCCCCAUUUUGGGAUGAAGAUCAGCACAAACUGUAUCAGCAGAUCAAGGCAGGAGCCUACGAUUUUCCGUCUCCAGAAUGGGACACUGUGACUCCGGAAGCGAAGAACUUAAUCAACCAGAUGCUGACAAUAAACCCAGCAAAACGUAUCACAGCUGACCAGGCUCUUAAGCACCCAUGGGUCUGCCAACGAUCAACUGUGGCCUCCAUGAUGCACAGACAGGAGACUGUGGAAUGUUUGAGGAAGUUCAAUGCCAGAAGGAAGCUGAAGGGUGCAAUUCUCACAACGAUGCUGGUGUCCCGGAAUUUUUCAGUUGGCAGGCAGAGCUCCGCCCCUGCUUCGGCCGCCAUGAGUGCUGCCGGCCUGGCUGAGCAAGCUGCCAAAAGCUUACUGAACAAGAAGUCUGAUGGAGUAAAGAAAAGGAAGUCAAGCUCCAGCGUGCAUUUGAUGCCGCAGACCAACAACAAAGCCAGUGUAGUAAGCCCAGCAAAAGAAUCAGCCCCAGUGCAGAUGUCCAUGGAACCACAAACUACUGUUGUGCACAAUGCUAAUGAUGGCAUAAAGGGUUCCACGGAGAGCUGUAAUACUACCACUGAAGAUGAAGACCUGAAGGCGCCCCCUCUCUCCAUCGGGGAUGGCAGCUCAGUGCUCGAAGGACGGAGUCACUGUGAGAGCAAAACCCAGACUGAGUCCAUGCAGUCCCAGCUUUCUCUCUGUUAUUCAGCCACUACCACUACACAAUCUUGUGAAGAGAAACUACUUGCCUGGGACAGCCCAGGGCAAACUGUGGAGUUGGAUCGCGCUCAGUCGGAGCCUGUUCUAACUCCUGUAGUUCCAUUUGCACUUAACAAUCCGCCAUUGCGUAAACAAGAGAUCAUAAAGAUAACGGAGCAGCUGAUUGAGGCAAUCAACAACGGAGACUUCGAGGCAUACACGAAGAUCUGUGACCCUGGAUUAACCUCAUUUGAACCUGAAGCACUGGGGAAUCUCGUGGAGGGAAUGGAUUUCCACAAGUUUUACUUUGAGAACUUAUUGUCCAAGAACAACAGCAAGCCAAUCCACACCACCAUCCUGAACCCCCACGUUCACGUUAUUGGUGAUGACGCAGCCUGCAUUGCCUACAUCCGCUUGACACAGUAUAUCGAUGGUCAAGGCCGACCCCGUACCACGCAGUCGGAAGAAACCCGUGUUUGGCACCGCCGUGACGGCAAGUGGCUGAAUGUCCACUACCACUGCUCUGGGGCCCCGGCAGCUCCACUCCAGUGAAGCUGAAAGAUGGCAGCUUUCGGAGAUACUCGGCGGGAGGGCAAUAUCUUCUCAGCAAGCAGCUCUGGAGUGCCUGAAUUACAGCGACGGUCAUGUUCGUUUUGACGUUUAAAAAAAAAUAUAUGAAUUACAAACCGGCAGCAGCCAAAUGCACGAAACCCUGCAUGAAUCUGAUGCUCCGGGCGCUGCCGCCUUUCUGUUGUUUUUCCAUGGAUCCAUCGUGUCUGUUUCUGCUGUACGAAGGUGUCUUUUAAAUCUCAAGAGAGAAACCCAUAUUGUUUGUAUAGAAAAGAGAUCAUCAUCCAUGACGGAGUGUCCAGCGCCUCCUCUCCAGGGCUGAUGAUGGGGCAGCAGCUGUGGAGCAUCUUUCGGAACCGGAGCAAAGAAGGGGGAAGAGAAAGCAGCUCAGGCAGCAAAAUGCUGGAACCUGUGCUCUGUGAAGGCACAGUGGGAACUAACAUGUCCGGGCUAUGCUGCAGCUUUAAUCGGCGAGAUGUGGCUGGCGGCGAGCUCUCGGGGCCAGCGUGGAGAAAAGGGGGCAAGGUGGAAAGAGGACAUUUUUCAGCCCUUUGCCAUACAGCAGACUGACUUGAGCCCAAGGGUCAGCGGUGGAGAUGUGCAGCAGCCAGCCGUUUGCUCGGCCACUGGGUCCCACUGAUGGACUGCGUUAAAAUGAACAAGAAUGUUUUAAGGAACAAAUGUGAGCUGGAUUAAAUAGCGUAGGAGCUUGCUCUUCAGAGGUGCACUGAUUUUUAUUUUAUUUUUUCAGAAACAGCCACUCCUUGGAGGCAUGAAGUCAGCUUAUAAGGGCAAAGUUUAAGAGCAAAUGAUAUUAGGGGGAAGAGGGUACGUGAAUGGCUUGUUUUGAUUUUGUUUUGUUUAGAAUAGAUGGGAUCCAGAUUGCUGCGGAAUAUGUGCUGCUUAGGAAACAGUUGAAAAGCUUUGUGUUAACAUCCUGCCCUGAAGUUUUGCACACACACAUGCGUUAGCUUCCUGUACGGUGUGUAACUUAGUUUGUGUUUUAUACUGAAAUAGAUUCUAUAUAUAUAUAAAUAUAUAUAUGCACCCCUGUAACUAUGGGGCUUGCUGGUU